UUAUGUGAAGUUGCUAGAUUGGACGCUUCAUUUGCACUCGAAGCAAAGGACUCUCGACAUUCGCGUUAUAGACGACAGGAGAAACAACCAGAAGUUCGCUUAAAAUUGGAUUUAGGAUUGGAUGUACAACAUGACAUUUGAGGAAAUAAGUGGGGAUAAUUCUCAAGAAAGAAUGGAUUCGGUGGCGAAAGCGUUAGAAGAUGUCCUGACCAGAGCCUUACCGCAGGGCUGCAUAACUGUGGGCGUCUACGAGGCAGCAAAGUCCCUCAAUGUGGACCCCGACAAUGUGGUCUUGUGCAUCUUGGCGGCUGAUGACGAAGAUGUGAAAGACGUGGCCCUGCAGAUCCACUUCACGCUCAUCCAGGCUUUCUGCUGCGAGAAUGACAUCAACAUCCUGAGAGUGAACAACACCCGGCGCCUGGCUCAAAUCCUGGCGGCGGGUGGAGGAGGAGGAGGAGGAGGAGGAAAGCAAAGUGGGGGCGAGCCUGUGGACCUGCACUGUGUGCUUGUCACUAGCCCCGAGUCCUCCUCCUGGAAGGACCCAGCGUUGAGCAAAGUGAACCUCUUCUGCAGGGAGAGCCGCUGCAUGGAUCAGUGGGUGCCCAUCAUCAACCUACCCGAGCGAUGAAAACAAAAGAAGAAAACACUUGACAGAGAACGUUCCAAAUCUGCACCGCAGUUGGAUGUUUUACCAGCUGCAGAUCGAGUUCCAAAGCACUACUCGGGUUGGAUCAAAACAAAACCAAAAAAAAGAAAAGGAAAAAAAAAAAGACGGACCCUGUUGUGUAGUUGGGAUGAAUUUCAAAAAGGCAAAAAAAAAAAAGUGGGACGGGGAUUUCCACUUGUUUUGGAGUUGUGUCUGUCCGUCGUCGCAAGCGGCCCUCGUGUCGUCACGGAUGACGUUAAUGGAGCCCCCGGCCCGUUUGCGUUUGUUGGCGUCAAAAAGCCGGACGUGGCGCAGGCGGGAGGAUUACAUCAUGCGCCGCGGCCGGUGUUGCUUCACAGGCCGUGUGACGCGUUUUCAGGAAAGGUGGAGCGCCAGCCGGAACUCUGAGCCGAAAGCCUCUCGGCAUCUCUGUUCAAACAAAGCACUUAAAGCACUGGACCUUUUGCUAUUUGAUUGAAUAUUUCAUUCAACUGUUAAUAUUGAUGUUACUAUAAUUUAAAAAGGGAAGGGCUAUUUAGACAUCUAAACGAAGUGUGUAUUUAAUAAUUCCUAUGCCAAGUACAAUUGUUGUGUUACAAUUUUAAGUUAUUUUCCAUUUUAUUUAAGUAUAUUUAUGUUGUUUUUCUUUUUUUUUUUUUUUACUUUGUCAGAAUCUGACUGGACACGUACGUAUUGAUGUCAAUAAAAAAAAAAGUUUUUGUUCUGAGCCACAA